AUGGUGAAAUUUUCUAUUUCACGAGAACUUGAUGUUAUUCCCCUGUCGAAUAACACUGUCUCUCGUUGUAUUGCAGACAUGUCAGAUAGUCUGAAAAGUGAUCAAGUUCAACGCAUUUUACAAAACGACUUCUUUGCCAUACAACUUGAUGAGCCCACAGACAUAUCAAAGUUGGCUCAACUUUUAGCAUACGUUCGUUACGUUCAUUCCAGAAAGUUUCACGAAGAGUUCCUGUUUUGUCGUGCCCUUCCGAUUCGCACCACCGGAGAGUAUAUAUUUCGCAUUGUCGACGGUUUUAUAGAUGAAAACAAAAUGGAUUGGUCAAAAUGUGUGGGCAUAUGCACUGAUGGUGCCAGAGCAAUGACUGGUCAUUUUUCAGGACUUGUGAAGCGGAUACAAGAUAAAGCUCCAGAAGCAAAAUGGACCCACUGUGGAAUUCAUCCAGAGGCACUUGUUUGUAAAAAAAUUCCAACCAGCUUAGACUUCACUCUUAAAAAUGCUGUAAAGAUUGUCAACUUAAUCAAGGCCCAUUCCAUAAACUCAAGAAUUUUCGCAGCCAUUUGUUACACACUUGACAGUGAGCGCGAGACCCUGUUGUUACACACUGAAGUGCACUAG